AUCCAAAGGAGUUAGCACAAUGCCAAGGGCCUAUUACCGACCUUUUACGACUUAUGAAGAGAUCUUUGGAUUUCACACGGUACGCCGCAACGCAUAUUUUUUCUGCGCCUUUCUUUUUAGUGCCUUGCUUUUUAAAAUCGCCAUUUUCUUCAGGUAUAGUCCGUCCUCGUCCUUCAGCACGGCUGAUAUCGAAAACAACCCGGACUAUCACCGUAUGAUGGAUAAGCGACUUGAGAUGGUGGAGACGUUGAGUUCGCAGGAAAACAUGCGGAUGGCUCUGAAGCGACGGCUGCAAGCCCCCCCUGCUUAGUGCUAAUGGUACUUAUUUGUGUAUUGUAAGGUAAAGAGAAAAAAUGCUCUUUUUAUACUAGUAUAGUGGUCAUGCACUUUUAGGAAAGUGAAAAUGCAUGAUGAAG